AAAGGUGAACAAACGUACGGUUCCACAUACCGUGACAGCCUACGCGACCGGAACCUUUGCCGCGGGCGGAGUCGCGGUUGGUGUCAUAAAGACAGUUAAAAAGGCAGUUCAACGGCUUCGCUGUGGACAGAGCCGCUUCUGUCCACCACGUGGCGCGCCCUCCGCAUUCGCAAAAUCUCCCAAGUUCAACGUAUUAAAGAUCGACGUAACAUACCCAUGUGCCAUGUGGCGUCCAUCGGAGUCUUUCCGUUUCAAAUGCGUGUUUCGCUUCGCACGCGAAUUUCAAUUGUUUCCCUCCCUCUGCAAAUUCUAGGGUUUCUUCUUCAAUCGAUCAUUAAUUAUUCAUCAAUCGAUCAUCUUCAAUCGCCAAUCAUUCAAUUAGCUACAGUUUCUUUCUUUUUCUUUGGCCACGGUUCGUGAAUUUUGAGUGCGUGCAUGUGUCUGUGAAGUCGAAGCGAAGGCAGCAAUGGCGUACGAGUAUUAACGCGAUCGCGUUGCCGACGCGUUUGGUUCAUGGUGUAUGGGCCUGCGGUUCACUUCAAGUUUUUGAAUUCUGAUCGUGUUGCGUCUUCUGUGGGUUGCCCUCUUUUCUUCUUUCGUAUCUUCUGUGAACUGCGGUUAACGCCCUUCCAAUUUUUUAUACACAAUUUUCGCUGCUGUUGAUCUCGAGUGUUUUGGCCAUACAACAGAUCUGCCCAAUUUGUUCUUCGCAAUUUUACGGAUAAGAUAAUAUUCUUUCAUUGCGCUUGUACUCAGGUGAAAUGAAGCUGUGCUGUGUCCUGCAACAGUGGUUUUAAAAAACUAUUCAACCUUCCAGCAUAUGGAUAUAGUUUUGAUGUCCCCUCAUGGCAUUUUUUUUGGGCAAUGACAUGCCAACAGGUUGUGCUAUAGUGGACAGCAAUGAACAUAUCUGCUCUCUUAACUUCUGCUGGAAUCAAUAUAGGCGUGUGUGUGCUGCUUUUGUCACUGUAUUCUGUGUUGAGGAAACAACCUGGCAAUGUGAGUGUGUAUUUUGGACGGAGGCUUGCUCAAGUACGCACAAAACGCAGCGAUCCUUUCUGCUUUGACAGAUUAGUUCCUUCUCCCAGUUGGAUUGUGAAGGCCUGGGAAACAUCAGAGGAGGAAAUACUAGCUGUUGGUGGCAUGGAUGCUGUUGUUUUUCUCAGGAUUCUUGUUUUCAGUAUUCGAGUCUUCUCCAUUGCUGCUGCUGUUUGUGUUUUUCUAGUUCUUCCACUGAAUUAUUAUGGACAAGAAAUGCAUCAUAAAGAAAUCCCAUCGGAAUCGUUGGAUGUAUUUACCAUUGGGAAUGUAAAAGAAGGAUCAAAAUGGCUAUGGGCCCAUUGUCUUGCAUUGUACGUCAUAUCCUGCUCAGCUUGCACUCUUCUGUACUUUGAAUAUAAAAGCAUUGCUAAUAUGAGGCUGGCAUAUAUUGCUGGAUCUCCACCAAACCCAAGUCACUUUACCAUUGCUGUUCGUGCUAUUCCAUUGUCCGAGGAAGAAUCUUAUAGCGAUACAGUGAGAAAAUUUUUCUUAAAUUAUCAUGCUUCAAGCUAUUUAUCACACCAGAUGAUUUAUCGGUCUGGUACAGUUCAGAAGCUGAUGAGUGAUGCAGAAAAGAUGUAUAAGAUGCUUGUAUCCUCUCCCAUUAAUCAAAGGUGUACACCAAGUUUUGUACGAUGUGGUCUUUGUGGAGGAGCUGCAAACUCAUUCAAGAUCCUUUCUAGUGAGCCAGAGACAGUGAAGGAGAAAGCUGAAUUUAGUGAUUUUGAUUUGAAUACAAGAGACAAGGAAUGUGCAGCUGCUUUUGUUUUUUUCAGGACCCGCUAUGCUGCUCUUGUUGCUUCGCAAGUUCUUCAGUCAUCAAAUCCAAUGUUAUGGGUCACUGAUUUGGCUCCAGAACCACAUGAUGUUUAUUGGUCAAACCUUUGUAUACCGUAUAGGCAACUUUGGAUCCGUAGAAUAGCAAUACUUCUGGCUACUAUUGUUUUCAUGUUUUUGUUUCUUAUUCCUGUCACGUUCGUACAAGGUUUAACUCAAUUGGAGCAGCUGCAGCAAACAUUUCCAUUUCUGAAAGGAAUUUUGAAAAAGACCUUAAUGAGCCAGCUUGUUACGGGGUACCUACCAAGUGUCAUUUUGAUGUUAUUUCUCUAUACUGUUCCACCGACUAUGAUGCUGUUUUCAGCAGUUGAAGGAUCCAUCUCUCGUAGUGGCAGGAAAAAAAGUGCAUGCUGCAAAGUUCUGUACUUCACAAUCUGGAAUGUUUUCUUUGUUAAUGUUCUCUCAGGGUCUGUUAUAAGCCAAUUGAAUGUUAUUUCUAGUCCAAAAGACAUACCCACCCAACUUGCCAGAGCAGUACCAACACAGGCUAGCUUCUUCAUGACCUAUGUUCUAACAUCAGGGUGGGCAAGUUUGUCUUCUGAAGUUAUGCAACUUUUUGCUCUCAUCUGCAACUUGUUCAAGAGAUACAUACUAAGAAAUAAGGAUGAUUCAUCUUUUGGAACUUUAUCGUUUCCAUACCACACAGAAGUUCCGAAAGUCCUGUUGUUUGGGCUUCUUGGCUUCACAUGCGCCAUCCUUGCACCUUUAAUAUUGCCCUUCUUGCUGGUUUACUUUUUUCUUGGUUAUCUCGUUUACCGUAACCAGAUUCUCAAUGUAUACAUUUCAAAAUAUGAAAGCGGAGGACAGUUUUGGCCUAUUGUACACAACACUACAAUUUUCUCCUUGGUGUUGACACAAAUUAUAGCUCUUGGGGUAUUUGGACUGAAACGAUCACCCGUUGCAUCUGGCUUCACCAUCCCACUGGUUAUUUUCACCCUUCUAUUUAACGAAUAUUGCAGGCAGCGGUUUCACCCUAUCUUCAAGAACAAUGCAGCACAGGUUCUUAUUGAGAUGGAUAGACAAGAUGAGCAGUCUGGGAGGAUGGAAGAAAUCCAUCAGCAACUGCAUUCGGCAUAUUGUCAGUUCACAUUAACUUCUCAUGAUGCGUGUGGGUCCAGACGUCCAAACCAUGAUGAGGAUGGGAACAGAAUCCAAGAUUUGGAGGAUAUAAAACCAGGUUUGACUCCCUCAAUGCUUGGCAGAACUCCUCUAUCUGGAAUCGGAGAUGUAAUUGCUUGGCUGUCCUUGCUGAUCACUUUUCAGGAAAGGAAUCCACCAAAGUAAAUGGAUCAUGGGCUCUACGUUGUAGCUUGGGAAGUGAAUCUGUGAAGAACUAGAUUCAGCUGUAUUAUUUUGUACACAUUUCAUCUUUUUAUGUGCAAACUCCAACUGGUGUCCCAGUGUCGCCGUUAUGCUGAUUGUGCUUUGCUGGGAGAAGAUCCUGGGAAGAAAAAUGCCUGGUAAUAACAUCCUGACGCAUUUUAUGGGAGUAAGCAGCCUGGUCUUCUUUUUGUGAUACCCAGUGCUUACAAACCCAGGUUCCUGGACAGUUACCUUAUCUUUCCACUUAUUUUUUAAGCUUCCCUCCGGUUGUAUAAUUAUUUGUUCUUGUCUAUUGUGUUGCCGUUAGCUUAGUUAGCUUAGAAUCUUAGAUGUUUGUACAGCGUAUAUGAUGUGCAAUCAUGUUUUCUCACUGUUUUGUUUCAUGGACUUAAUUGGGGGAAAAUAUAAAAAUUUAAAUUUAGUGUUCC